AUGCUUCUAUCUCAGCAUAUUAUUUUUAUUGCAAGUAUUGUACUUAUUGGUGCUGUUGGAAGAUCAGCAGCCGGUCAAAAUUGGGCAGUACUUGUAGCUGGUUCAAAUGGUUGGUAUAACUAUAGACAUCAAUCUGAUGUAUGCCAUGCAUAUCAAAUUUUACAUAAAAAUGGUAUUCCAGAUUCAAAUAUUAUUGUUAUGAUGUAUGAUGAUCUGGCUAAAGAUAAACAAAAUCCAACAAAAGGUGUAAUUAUCAAUCAUCCAGAUGGCCAAGAUGUCUAUAAAGGUGUACCACAUGAUUAUACUGGCAAAACUGUUACACCUAAAAACUUUAUUAACGUCUUACUUGGUAAAAAAGAUCUUAUGAAAGGCGUUGGUAGUGGCAAAGUUCUUGAAAGUGGUCCCGAUGAUAAUGUUUUCAUCUAUUUCACUGAUCAUGGUGCUACUGGCCUGGUCGCUUUCCCAACAGGCGUUCUUUAUGCCAAAGACUUAAACAAAACAAUUGCAGAAAUGCAUACAGAAAAAAAAUAUAAAGAAAUGGUUAUCUAUAUCGAAGCUUGUGAAUCUGGUUCAAUGCUUGAAGGUUUAUUACCUGAUAAUAUUAAUAUUUAUGCAACAACCGCAUCAAAUGCUGAAGAAUCAUCUUAUGCAUGUUAUUAUGAUGCUAAACGUGAAACUUAUUUAGGUGAUUUAUAUUCAGUUAAUUGGAUGGAAGAUUCUGAUGCUGAAGAUAUUACAAAAGAAACAUUAUUUAAACAAUUUCAAGUUACACAACAGACCACAAACUUAAGUCAUGUUAUGCAAUAUGGUGAUCUUACCUUGGGUGCAUCACAUAAUGUUAUUGAAUUUCAAGGUGCCAAUAAAACUAAUAAACAACAAUCAGCUGGUCGUAUGAACACAUUACUUAAAGGUGAUGCUGUUGCUACAGUUGAUGUUCGUCAAUCAAUCUUAUCACAUCGUUUAGCUAAAUUCGCCGUUAAUUCUAUUGAAAGAAUGCAAUUAGAACGUGAACUUGCUCAAACUACUGAACAACGAGAAAUUAUUUCCAAAACAAUUGAUUCAAUUGCUCAAAUAGCAUUUCAAGUUAAUCGUGCUAAUGCUUAUGAAACAGUUACUUCCAAACGUAUGAAACUUACUCAACAUGAUUGUUAUAAAGCUGCUACACAACAUAUUCAUGAAAAAUGUUUUGAUAUUCAAAAUGAAUAUGCUUUGAAUAAAUUAUGGAUUGUUGCUAAUCUUUGUGAAAUUGGUCUUCAAAGCUUUACUAUUAAUCAUGCUAUUGAUAAUGUUUGUGAUGCUCUUGGUCGUCAAAAUUUUCAAUAUUAA